AUGAUGGGAACACUUAAGAAGGAUAUUGAAAAUACUCUUGAAAUAGUUGAUGAAUAUCAGUAUCUUAAUCAAGAGAGUGGUCUUGAUAAAUUGGAAUUUUCUUUGGAUAACAUCUUAGCUUAUAUUUCUGAUAUUAAAGACAUGUCAGAAUUAUAUCAUACAAACAAAUUAAUUUCACUAAUGUAUAGUACUAUGUUAGUAAAAAUUAGUACUCCAAAAAUAAAACAAAAUGCCUUUAACUUAUUAAUGGAAUCUCUAUUAGUAGUAUUAAAGGAUAAUGAAGAUCUCAGAUUGUUAUUUGUUAAUGAUUAUGACAUGAUAACUACAAUCUCAAAAUCUAUUCAUCUAUAUACUGAUAAAGAUGAUGAUGUAGAAGCAUUUUUGGAAAACAUUCUUAAUGUUCUUCAAAUUCUUUCUAUUGAAGGAUUUACAGUUAGUGAUGAAGGAAUUCUUGAUGAUUUAUUGCAAUUUUUAAUUGAAUUGUUGGUUAAAAGAGAGAACAAUAAUAUCAGAAAAUUUUCUUCAAGAUUAAUUACUAAUAUCUGUUUUACUUAUCCUCAAUGUUCUAAGAUUGUCCUAGCAAAUUCUUCUUUUAAUUCAGGAAAAAAAAUUCUAUUUAAUGAUGUUGUAUUUCAAGUGCCUUCCAUAAUGACAUCUUUUAUGUCAUUCCUUAUUCGUUUUGAUAAUAUGGCAAAACAAAAUUUGUCUGUUAAUGACAAUUUACUAAAAAUUCUCUUGUUUAGUUUCAAUGCUUUAAAAACAGAUGAAACAUAUUUGAAAGUUUAUGUUGGACGUUUUAUUAUAUUUCUUAUUUUUGAUGAAAAUUUUAAUUUAUCUAAACUUGGAGAAACAUGGAGUACUAAAAAAUAUGCAAAAAUGAGUAUAAAAGAAACUUUUAAAAUUUUACCUACUAUUUCAAAACGUAGUGAAGAUCUUGGUGUAAUGUAUCGUUUGUUACAUGAUUUUUGUUCAAACAAAAAAGUUAAAGAAAUAGUUUAUGAUAUAGUAAAAGAAGAAGUAAAAAAUCAAAAUAAUUCUUUAUUUAAUUGUCAUGUUAUUAAUGAAAUUUUUAAAGUUGCUUCAAAUUAUAAUUUACCUAGAAGAAUACCUGAAGAAACAAGAAUAAAUGGAGGGCAUUUCAUUUGCAAAAUGAUUGAAGAAUCAAUAAAAAGAAAUGAAAAAAUUUAUUGCGAGGGGAAAAAGAAUAAUCUAUUAGAAUAUUUGAAAAGUUUAGUUACAGGACCAGUUACUGAUGUUUAUGAAACUCCUGAACGAAUACGUGUAGAAAAAUUGAUACUUUUUUUAAAAUUAUGUAUUUCACUUUCUGCAGACAAAUCUUUUGCUGAUGAUAUUCCUAAAAUAUUUACUAAUAGAGUUGCAGAUCAGAUAUAUGAACUUCCAACAAAAUAUUUUCCACGAAUGAAAUUAUUCCUUCGACACAAAGGUGAAACUGUUGAAAACAAAAUUUUAAAUUCUAUUCGAUUAAUACCUUUUUUAUUGAAAGCUCUUAAUGCAUAUGAAAAGUGCGCAGAAUCGUUAAAUUAUAUUUUAAGCAAGCUUGAAAUAGCAGAAUUCUUAAGCGUAGGAUUAAUGAGUAGGAAUUUAGAAUUAAUGAAAGAAGUAAUUUGUUGUUUUGAAAUUUCAUUACCACCACAUAUAGUAAGACAAAUCGUUGGUGUGGUAAAAAAUUUCAUUGAUUCUGAUAAAGUUAAUAUCGAAAGCAUAUCAUGCACUCAAGAUACAGUAAAGGAGUUAAAAGAACAAUUGGAUGAUACUUUCAAAGUUUGUGAAUCAUAUAAAUCUCAAAUUGAUAAGUUAAAGGAAGAAAUGGAAGAAUUAAAAGAGAAUCAUCAGAAAAUUUAUCUGGAGCAAUCGAAAAUGUAUGAUGAUUUAAAAAAAUCUAUGGAAAAAGUUACCUUGGAAAACCAGUUGUUAUCAAAUCUCAAAGAAAACAUGAAAAAUUUACUUUUAUAA